AUGGCCUCGCUGGUCAACUCUCUUGUCAACGCCCUGACAGGCAACUCGGGCAGUCUCUGCUCCGUCCUGGCCGAUCAUGGCUUUCAGGUCGAGUAUCCGCUCUCGCUGUCGUAUGCCCAUGACCUGACCAACUACUGGUCAGCGGCAUGCUCGGAUCUUCAUCCCGAAUGCAUGGUUGCGCCAAAAAAUGCCCAGGAGAUGUCGGAUGUGAUCACCGCACUGGGCUACACGCAGGACCAAUUCGCGGUCAAAUCGGGCGGUCACUCGCCUAACCUUGGUUUCUCAAGUACGCAGGGCGGAUUGCUGAUCGUCACGAAGAAUCUCGAUCAGGUGGUGUAUGACCCGUCCACCCAGACGGCUGUUGUCGGGCCGGGGCAGAGAUGGGAGGAUGUGCAGGGGAAGUUAGAGGGAACAGGGCGGGCAGUUGUCGGCGGGAGGCUAGGAGGUGUAGGCGUUGGGGGGUUGCUUCUAGGAGGUGGUCUCAGCUACCUCAGCCCGCAGUAUGGCUGGGCAGCGAACAAUAUCCUCAGCUACGAGGUCGUGCUGGCAAACGGCACGAUCGUCGAUGCAAAUGCAGAGGAGAACUCGGAUCUCUUCGCUGCCUUGAAAGGUGGAGGCAGCUCUUUCGGGGUCGUCACUUCGUAUACCGUCCAGACACGCCCGAUGGAUCACCCCGUUUGGGGAGGAAAUUACAUCUUCUCUGGGGUGGAUACGGCGAAGAUGCUUGCUGCGCUGCAGGAUUUUGUCGAGUACUACCCGGAUGAGAAGGCUUCAAUUAUCUUGACCAGGGAGCACGCACCAUUGCUCGAUAUCUGGGUCAUGUUCCUCUUUUAUAAUGGAGAGAAGCCCCCGGUGGGUAUCUUUGACAACUUUACUGCCUUGCAUCCAAUCGAUCAAACCCGGACAUAUGACAGUUAUGCCGACCUGCUGAAAAACGGCGACAAAUAUAUCCUUCACGGAAGCCGAUACAGCAUUGCAGGUGAAACCAUUCCCGUCCCAAAAGACAUGUCGCCCGAGGUUUUGCAGUCCAUCUUUGAUUUUUGGCUUGACGUAAACAACGAGGUGUUGCUGGAGACCGGCAUGGUGGGAACCAUCGACUUCCAGCCCUUCCCACGGAGCAUCGCACAGAAAGCCUUGGAGCUCGGAGGAGAUUUGCUUGGCUUUCCCCCUGACCAGGACUAUAUUCUCCUUCAGAUCACCCUGCAGUGGACGUUGGCGCUGUCCGACGCUCGGAUGCACGAUGCCACGCAGAAGCUCUUCAAAGGAUUUGGUCGCUUGAUUACGGAGAACAUUGCUAACGGAACUCUGCCGAAUGUUUAUCGUCCGUUGUAUAUGAAUGACAUUGGCGCUGACCAAGACUACUGGGGUCGGCUUCGGACACGCGAUCGGGCCCUGCAGACGAGACUCAGACGACCCUCAAAUGGUUUGUCCAACGACCUGUGGAGCGAGAUACGAGGUUUGCUCAAAGAGCAAAAUGAACGACUGCAUAUCCAAAAUAGACUGCUCCAGCAGCUUCUUCUUGGGGGAGAUAAAGCCACUGGGACGGGUACGAAUGAAUAUAAUCUCCCGGAUGACGAUAAAAGGGACCUAUCCAUCGAGGAUGCACCUCAGCGCGAUAAAAGAAACAAGUCACAAACCUCACUUAAAUCCUACCUGAAACGUGACGACAGUGACUCUGAGUUUCAAGGUCAAGGGCAGACUCUUCUUUAUGCUGCAGAUGAAACGCUCAAGUAUCCUCGCAUCUAUUAUUUCGUCGAUGAAGGGAAUCGACCCCGUCUCCACAGACUGUCAACAGUCCUAAGCGCUGACACCUCAUGGAAAUACUGGAAGCCUGUUGCCCCCGCAGGAAUAUCCCAUCCGGGGCAGUAUCAGUCCUACCCUGGAGCAGGAUACCCUGACUAUAUCCCCGAAUGGGAGAUUCAGCGUACCCGCGAUGGAUGGUGCCAUAUCGACGGUGAAAGAUUGGAAGACGAAGUUCAUGUUCCUUCCGGCAGCAUUUACAGUGGAAAAGCACGAUUGGUUCCUUAUUCUCUCAAUUGUAGCACCUCCAUUCCAUCCAAACGGGUAGGUGAGCUUGGCUCAGGUUUUCAUGGUGGUUUUGGGAAGAACAUGGUCGACACGAUACAACUGCUAUUGACAUCUCUGGGGAAUCUUUACGCUGUCCCAUGCGACGGCAGAGUGCAAUUUGCGUUUGAUCGAUGUCAGCUGAGGAAUCUCAGCCCGUCUAGUCUGAGUUCGCACUUGGAGCGGCUCCAGUUAUUCUUUAAGACAUUGGAGGCAAGCAACGGUCGUGUUCAGAUUGUUGAUCUGGACGACUGGAUGCACGCGGCCAUAUAUGAGCGGAUCACUGCAUACCCUGAAGAAUGGAAAGUAAUCCUGAGGAGUAAGGAUCCAAGGAUUUUGGCCGUCCCUGCCCUGGAGGCAGACCUCCGCAAAGUCAACAUCCGACCAACACGGUUUUACUACACGAGCGGAAACGGUAAGCCAACGGAAGUCAAGUGGAGAGAAACGGGCCAUUGGAAUCGCAUUAUUAGCUGCGUUGGCUUGAACGCUGUGCCGCCAUCGUUUGAGGAAGAGUUUGACGCGCUCUGUCACAUCCUCUUUCGGAGUUCUACUGGUGAAAAGUUUCAAUACGCGGAUCUAGUGCCUGGAAUUCUGAGGACACAUACUUCCUGUGUUAAACGGAGGAGAUCGCGCAAUGACUCGGCAGAUGCACCCGAACCUUUUCACAUUACUUGGUGCCGAAUCGAUGACACAAAGCCCUCAAGUAAGUCGACAUGGAGGUCGGGAGAGCUGUAUGGGUCAAAGGCCUCAAUAAGCAAGCUGCAUUUGUCCGAGGUCGCCUUCACAUUAGGCUUCAUACCAUCACAACGGACCCUCUGGUCGAAUACUCAGACUGGAAAGACAGAGACUGUGGAUCGCAGUCAUUGGUGUCUUAUACAUCUGGCACCAUCGCACUUUCGCCGCUUGGAUGAUUCGAUCCACCGUCGGAGGCAGGAUGACCCACGGACUGCCCCAUUCACCACAGCAAUCACGCUGAUAGAAGAGGCACUGCAAAACGCGGCCAACGACUGGGACCGGAUUGCCAACCACUUUGACCUUGUCCUCAACCAGAACGAUAGUGUUUUCAAUCCUGAUCUUCAUGAUCGCUUUCUGUUUGAUGAUGCUUCAUUUUCCCGAUCACGGUACUAUUUCUGGCUGAUGGACAGUCUAGAGGGCUUCACAUCCGCUGUAUCCGAUGCCAUUCAUGAGUGGGAGGUGUAUUGGUGGGCCAGAAAGGACGUUUUUGAAGACUACGAGGCCUUCUAUCUGGACAAGUGGCGGAAAACCAAGGUUGAACUGGGAUCUCCCAAGCCCCCUCAAAAUCCCCCGCUACUGGAAGAUUCAGUCAAGAGGGUAGAUAUCCAUGUUGCACGGUUGAGAGAAAUCUUGAGCCGGCUGGAAACUUUACGUGAUCGAACCAUGACCUUACGAGAUGGACUAUUCAAUGCGAGCGCUGUCAUCGAAUCGCGAGCUGCUACUCAGCUUGGUGAGAACGUCAAGCUGCUCACAUACGUAAGCAUAUUCUAUCUCCCACUAAGUUACUGCGCCGCUUUAUGGAGCAUCAACCGAGAUUUCAACACCGUGGCAUUCGCCAUUGUUACUGCUCUUCUGGCUCUGGGCACGUAUGCUCUGGUGCUAAACCUAAACAAUGUUGUGUUUCUGAUCAGAAACACUUACCGAAAGCUGCGUACCCCUAUACUGGAAGCAAUGAAAGAUGACCCGCAUGAACAAUGGGCCAAUUUGGGCAGCUCUUUCAGUGGAUUCAUGCCCGAGAGACAUGGUGAUCAGCCCUCCGAGUGGAUGGUCCUGCUGUACGCACUAUUGACGGGUACAGAGAAGUUAAAAUUCUGGAAAAGAGGCCACUGCGAUCCAAUUGGUGACAAACUCGAACGAAAGUGA